AUGAAUCACUCAACUUACCAUAAUCAGAAACCCAACCCAAAUAAACCCAAUAAGCACACUACCAAAAGACUCACCGAGGAUCAAGUGAGAUUACUUGAGUCAUAUUUCGACUCAAGCAAAAAGCUGGAGCCGGAUCGAAAACAUCAGCUUUCGCGCCAGCUUGGAAUUCCUCCAAGACAAAUAGCCAUCUGGUACCAAAACAAACGGGCUCGUUGGAAGAACCAGAGUCUGGAGCAUGACUACACCAUGCUCCAGCUCCAAUUGGAGGCCUCGUUACUUGAGACCAAACACCUCCAAAAAGAAGUCGAAUAUUUGCGAACAGAGCUCAACAAGGUACAAUCAGAACAAGCACGACACAACAGAUACUACAACAAUGAUUAUCAACCUCUCAUGGAUUCUUCAUUCUCUAGAUGUGGUGAUGAUGUUGGAAGCUCAUCGAAAAGCUUAGAAGAUGAUACGGAAACUUUCUGUGGUUUCGGGAAACAAGUUUUCGAUGCUGCAGAGAUGUACACUGCAGCACGUAUGAUGGGCAUGGAUAUCUUACAUUUUUCGGGUUGA